AUGGGCGUGUCCGAAUCGAGCAUUCAUCCGGAGAGGCACCGGAUAUUCCUACCAAAGUGCUACAGCAACAUCCUCUUCCUCCCGUUUCGACGGACCCAUACUGUUUCUCUCUCCGAAGCCAUCAAGCAGUACAUCUCGACCAAAUAUGACCAGCACCCGGAUAUGUUCACGCAGGAUUUGGAGGCGAUCGAUAAAUUACGCUCUACAGCAGCACACGCGCAAGAUGCCCAUCCCAGCAACAUUCCAAAGCUCCAAACAUACGCUGCCCAAAUUGUCUAUAUAGGAGGGAAAUUCCCAAUAGAUAUAGGAGUUGACUUCUCGUGGUAUCCGGCGUUAGGAUAUAACACGAAUCGCCCAAUAUCCCAGAACAAUAUCCGGUUCGAGUUGGCAAACAUCAUCUACAACCUUGCUGCGUUGUACUCUCAGCUCGCCAUGGCAUCCAAUCGAAGCACGUCAGAUGGCCUGAGGACCGCUGCCAACAAUUUCUGCCUAGGUGCCGGAGUCCUCUCCUACCUUCGAACUGACACAAUCCCCGAAAUGCGGGCCCCACCACCCGAUGAUAUGGACACAAUGACGCUAGAGAGUAUUGAAAAGCUACUGUUGGCACAGGCUCAGGAAUGCUUCUGGCAAAAGGCUGUCAAGGACGGCCUGAAGGAUGCUUCUAUUUCGAAACUAGCCGCAAGGGUAUCGGAUCUAUAUUCGGAAGCAGGGGACUUUGGAAUCGGAUCGGACGCAAUAAGUAGCGAGUGGAUACACCACAUGACGGCCAAGCAUCACCACUUCGCUGCGGCGGCGCAAUAUCGAGCUGCUUGCGAUUGCCUAGAAAAGCGGAAGUACGGAGAAGAGGUCGCGAGAUUACGGGACAGUCUGUUGUGUGUAAAUGAGGCUUUGAAAGAACAACGCUACAUCAACAAGGCCGUAUUGGCGGAUUUGAACGGCUUGAAGAAUCGCGUUACCGAAGAUUUGAAGCGGGCUGAAAAGGACAAUGACAUGAUCUAUUUGAUUCCUGUGCCGCCAAAAUCGGAGUUAAAAACCCUGGAUCGCGCCAACAUGGUGUCCGCCAAAGUGCCAAAGGAAAUCUCCGAGUCAAAUUCUAUGCUCGGAGACAACCGUCCCUUGGGUCGUCCAUUGUUUUCCAAGUUGGUUCCCUACUCAGUUCACUUGGCAGCUAGCAUCUACGAGGAGCGGAGAGAUCGACUCAUCAAUAAUACCAUAAUCAACGAAUUGGAGGGUCUAACAAACAAGAUUCACGAAGUUUUGAACAGCUUAAACUUACCUGGGUCGUUGCAAGCCCUUGAAAAGCCGCUAGGGCUUCCUCCAGGCCUCAUUGCACACGCUGAAGAAAUUAGACAACAUGAUGGUCUAAAUCGCCUCCAUUGCUCUGUAGAGGACACGAAGAAGUUGAAGAAGAGCGACCAGGCAAUAUAUCACGAAGGCUGCGAAAUUCUGAGGACGGAGGCUGCGGAAGACGACGCUGUCCGGCGGAAGUACGGGACUGAUCGCUGGAACCGGCUAACUGCAGAAGCAGCUGCACCAAAGCUGUAUGCUCAGAUUGGCGAGAUUGAUGGCUAUUUUAAGGCCGCCGUAAACAGCGACAACAUUGUCAAGACGAAGCUAAGAGAAAACGAGCGUAACAUCCAACUGUUAAGCGGCCCGGAUCGAGACCUUGAGAAUUUUGUUCCUAGUGGGCGAAAACCUAUGAUUAACACAGUCGUGGACCGGGAGGCUGGAAAGCUCAGGGGCUGCCUGAAUGAGCUCAGCCGCCUGGAAAGUAGGAGGAGACGGAAGGUCGAAGCUCUCAAAAUGAAAGCAAAGCAGGAUGAAAUCAAUCCAGAUUUACAACGCGAAACCACUCGCUUAGAGCAGGAAUACCCCAUGCAGAGCAUUGAGGCUGUACAGUUUGAGGACUUGUUUGAUAAGCGCCUGCAAAUGUACAACGUGGAUAAAGAGAUGGUUCAGGACGAGCAGCGAGAGCAACAAGACGCCAUCAAGCGGAUUCAGGAGGCGAACGCAGCUUUUGUGACAGCUCGGAAGGGCGAUCAGUCGACGAAGCAGCGAGAACAGGCUUUGCAGAGCUUGGAGAAUUCGUUUUUCAAGUACAAGGAGAUCAUCUCGAAUCUCGAUGUUGGGAGGAAAUUCUACAACGACCUUGCCAAGAUCGUGAGUAGGUUCAGGGACGAUUGCCGGACGUUCGCGUACCAGAGGAAGGCGGAGGCUUCACAACUCGAGAAUGACAUUGCAACGGCUAUGUCGUCUAUGAACCUCCAAACGAACUCGUUACAGCAACAGCGGCAUGCGGAAAGCCAGAAUCCACAGUAUGGCGCUAAUGUUCACGCUGGAGAGCCGUUAGCAGCCCCAACGCCUACCAGAGCCGUCGGCCCUACUACUGGCAUGUGGACGCCUGAGGUUGGUAUCAGGUUUGGAGGAGCACCGGCUGCGCCAGCAGGAUCGCGACCUACUGCAGGACCUCCUCAAGAUGGGCGGUGGGAUGCGGCAAAGGGUUUAAAGUUUGGAUAA